AUGAGUAGGGAUUGGAAAGUAGUACCAUCGAGUCAAGAUGCUAAUCAUCGGAUGCAACCAGUGAGUGCUCUUGUUGCUAAUAGAUUUAAACAGCCCCCAGAUAUAUAUGUUCGUGGGAAAUCUGAUGCUGCUACUUCAGUAAAUUAUCGUUAUAAAAGUUCUUUGAACACUGUUUUGAAGCAGAUUCCAAUUUCAACUUCAUUUAACGAUAAUAUCGAGUAUUUUAAAAAUCUUAGAACGAUUCCAUACGUCAAAUUGGUAAAUGAUCCUUUGAAUGAAAAGGUUGAUGCCUAUAUUGCUGAGUUGACCAAUGAUUUUAAAUCUCAAAUGGAAGAGAAUGAUAUUUUAUUCCAGUCAAUUCUUUUUGAUGAAACAAAUAAGUAUAUCGAUUCUCUCUAUCCACAAGGUAUGUCUUAUAAAAAUUCUGAUAUUGGAACUUUCAAAAACAAAAGUUUACCAAAUAGUAAGACAUCGACUGGGAAAGAAAGUAAAAGAUCAGAUAGGAAGGGGAAAUUCUUGUUAAAUAUCGUGGAACAAGCUUGGAAUGAGAAAUAUGGAAUUGAUGGAUCCAAAAUUGAUGAAAAUGAUACUUUAAGUUUAAAGAAAUAUCAAAGUGAAAAAAAAUUAUUUAAUUCAAAUUCCUUUAAUGAAGAACUUUGUUUGCGUCUUAAAAAAGCCAAAUUAAAAUUUUCCAGUCUUUCUCUCGAUACAGACUCAGAUAAUUUUAAACAAUUGUGUAGAGUUAUAAAAUCUAUUUCUUUGCGUUCAAGUAUACUGUUUUCGGUUGAUAUCGAGGCAUUCGAGCGUAACAGUAAAAUUGUGACAGAAAUUGGUAUUUCAAUAUAUGAUCCCAGAGAGAAUAAAUAUUCAAUAACACCAUUUAUACGAAGCUAUCACCUAAUUGUAGAGGAAUCGUUAUUCCUUCGAAAUUCAAAAAUUGUAGGGGAUCAUAAGAAUUGUUUCUUACAUGGUGAAAGUUUAGUGAUGCCAUUGUUGGGCUGUGUAGAAUUUAUCCAAUCAUUAAUCAAUUUCUAUAUGCUUCCUAGAACAGAAGAAGAUAAAACUUGGGAAAGAGCAUUUGUAGGUCACGAUAUCAUUGGUGACUUAAAAUGGUUACUUCAGAUGGGUGUCACUAUUCCAGGAUUGUUUUUUGAUGAUUUAUUCUCCAAAAAUAAAGAACGCUAUAAUUCAACAAAGAAAAAUACGAAUAAGAAUAAUUCAAAGGGUAAUAAGCAGGAUAAUAAAGAAGGUAAACCCUAUGCAAACCCUUCCAAUGAUAUUCUUAAUGAACGUGAUGAUUCUAGACUUAAAAACAAGAAUCCGAUGAAGCCUAACUUGGGUUAUAUUGGAAGAUCUGAUAUAUUUGAAUUCGAUACAGCAAAUAUAUACAAAACAUGCUACGGUGAAAUUGGUUGUGGACUUGGCACUAUGCUUCGGUUAUUCAAUAUUCCACAUUCCUAUUUGCACAAUGGUGGUAAUGAUGCAUAUUAUACAUUACAAAUAUUAAUGAGAAUUGGUGAUAUUAAUUUUAGAAAAGUGAUGAAUCUUGAUGAUUUAAGGUAUAUAAGUAAAAGUGCCCAUGAGGUCGCACACAGACAGUCAAACGAACCGAAGAUUGUACCUAGUUCAUCUAUUAACAGAGUGGUAGAUGCAUUACGAGAAAUGGAACCGAUGUUUAACAAUAAUGAUAAUUCUGAAUCAAAGGGGAAUAAAUCGAAGAGGAAAAUUGCAUAUCAACGUCAAACUGAAUUUGGCGGUGCAUGUUGGUUCGAAGAUCCAAAUAAGGCAUUUCUUUCAACAAUUCGAAAUACUGUUGAAUAUUAG